AUGGCUCCCGCCGACAACAAGUCGCCGGGCUCUCGCCUCACGAGGCCACAAGCUCAGCCAACAUCCUCCGCUUUCUCCUCGAGAGCCGCGAAACAACUGGGCCUGUUCUUUGCUGGCGCCAGCUUCCUGUUGUUUUCGAAGACAAUGGCCGCCUACCCCAAGUUCUACUCGCCGAGCCAUGCUGCGGCAGGCAAGCAGGGCAACCCCGAGGGCUCCUUGAUCGCCCUGGAGGCGCUGAACCUGGCGACUCUUAACGUCGUCAGCUUCGGCAUGAUGAUGGCUGGAGGUGCCGCCUGGGCGUUCGACAUUAGUUCUGUGGAGGACUUGAGGGCGAUGGCUCGUAGGAGUAUCCAUGGAGCCGCUGGCCAGACAGACGAAGCUGCCGAGAGAGAAUUUGAAGAAUGGGCCGCUAGAGUUCUCACCAAACUUGGAAAGACGCCCCAGGAUGAAGCAGCAAACAAGAACGAGUCUGACUCCAAGCCAGGCAAGGAGGGACGAUGA